UGCAGUUUCCGCGACAAAAUUAAUGAAUACCUAAAUGACUUGACCAAAACAAAGGUGCGGCAGAAAAGCCUAGUUUCUAUACAUUGGCAUCAGGUAUAGUAUAAUAAUGUUUAGACUACAGCGUUUGACCAUCGAAGCAUUGAGAAGGCCAAAUAAUCUGGGCGAUUAAAACUAUCUAGGCGCGAUUGCAACAAAUAUCAGUUGAAAAUUUGGUAGCCAGCUCAAUCAAUAGCUUUGUUGUGAAAAUUUUUAAGUAGGCACGUGCAAGGUACGUCGUAUUUGUUCGCAAAAAUACUUUUUAUCUGUACAGAUAAAUUGAUUAUGUGAUACGUACAGGGAUAUAAAGGAUACGUACCGAGCGCAUAAUUAUAGAUUUCAUGUGGAAGACAACGAUGAAACUUCAAGCUGUAAUCUUAUUUCUUGCAUCAACCGUAUACGCAGCAAGGGGAAGCGAUAUAAAAGAUUCCGCUGAUGAGAUAUGCAUGAGCAAACUUAACAUCAGUGAGAAAACAUUCUAUUCAUGGUUCACUGAAGAAUACUUCGUUAAAAAUCUCAACGAUCCAGUAAUUAGGACCUACAUGGUUUGCUGGAUGUUCGAGAAAGGGAUGACAGAUAAAGAUGGCAAAGUUAACGACUUAAAGCUCGUUGAUUGGGUUCGAGAUGAAGUAUUCGCAUUCUAUAAAGUACCGCAACCCAGCCGCGAAGACAAGGAGAAGACGGCAAAAAAAAUUGUACCAGAGUGUAUCGAGAAAGUUGGCGUAAGGGAAAAAACAAAUGGAAAAGAAGUUGAUCUUGGAGAUUGCUUGGUUCGAAAAACUAAAGCAAGUUUAUAGACCGUGCCUAGCCGACAAGGACCACCGUUUAAAAGACCGAAUUAGUUCAUAUUACACUUGUUUGUAGGUAUAUAUACUAUGCGAUCAAAAAUGAGUUGCUGUCGAGUCGCCUUUGAAAUUUUUGUUUACAUGGAAAAUCGUAUUUAACUUGAACUUCCAAAGGCGACUCGACAGCAACUCAUUUAUGAUCGCCCGUUACGCAAUGAUAUUACAUAUUAACUUUGUUAAUACCAAAGACUUGUAGGAGGAUAGACUUUGUUAAUAUCUAACCAUAUUUU